AAAACACAAACCAAAACAAUCAUUGACACAAGAGAAAGCACGACACAUUUGAGCUGAGCAGAUCUACAGCCAAACCGCCUGCUUUCACUCUUUCUUCUUCUUUCUUACUCCCCAAUAGUCUAUCUUUUAAUUCAAUUCUCUCCCGGGUUCCUCUAUCCUGAAAGACCUCGGAGCCGACUUCUACGUUAACAAGACACUCGAUCAACCAAGUCAGGCCCUUUUCAAGUCAAGGCAAAAGAUACAAAAACACCCUCUCUGAAAAGAUAGCCUCUGUUGGGCAACAGCAGAAGGCUCACCAUGGCGACGUCAGACAUCACGACGGUGCUCACAAAUUCGCUGUCUGCCGAUGCGAACCUGCGACAUGCCGCCGAACAGCAGCUCACACAGGCGGCUGAGACCAACUUUUCAUUAUACCUUGCGACUCUUGUUACCGAGCUAGCAAAUGAGAAUGCCCCGGGUCACAUUCGAGCUGCCGCUGGUAUUGCGGUGAAGAACGCGUUCACAGCCCGCGAGUUCAGCCGUCAAACUGAACUGCAACAAAAAUGGCUUCAACAAACAGACGACGAAACCAGGGCAAAGGUCAAGAGUCUCACUCUACAGACCUUGUCGUCAACCAACUCCCAGGCUGGCCAGGCCGCCGCCCAGGUCAUCGCCUCCAUCGCUGGAAUCGAGCUUCCCCGUGGACAAUGGGCCGACUUGAUGAACAUCCUCGUCACAAAUGUCAGCGAGGGUCAACCCCACCAGAAGCAGGCAUCUCUGACUACGAUAGGAUUCAUCUGCGAGAGUCAAGAUCCUGAGCUCCGCGCUAGCUUGGUCGACCACUCCAACGCUAUCCUGACGGCCGUCGUCCAGGGUGCUAGGAAGGAGGAGACCAACAAUGAGAUCAGGCUGGCCGCCAUCACUGCCCUCGGAGACUCGCUCGAGUUCGUCGGUAACAACUUCAAGCACGAGGGCGAGCGCAACUACAUCAUGCAAGUUGUCUGCGAGGCCACACAGGGCGACGACUCACGCAUCCAGCAGGGUGCCUUUGGUUGCCUGAACCGUAUCAUGGCCCUUUACUACGAAAACAUGCGUUUCUAUAUGGAGAAGGCGCUUUUCGGCUUGACCAUUUUGGGCAUGAAGAGCGAAGACGAGGACGUUGCCAAGCUGGCUGUUGAGUUCUGGAGCACCGUUUGUGAAGAGGAGAUUGCCAUCGAGGACGACAACGCACAGGUCGAGAGCGCGGAUCAGGUCAGGCCGUUUUACAACUUCGCCCGCGUGGCAACCAACGAGGUGGUCCCCGUCCUCCUCACCCUUCUCACCAAGCAAGAUGAGGACGCCGCCGACGACGAGUACAACAUUUCUCGUGCUGGCUACCAGUGUCUGCAACUUUACGCCCAGGCUGUUGGUGGCACCAUUAUCCCGCCUGUUAUCUCCUUUGUUGAGGGCAACCUCCGAUCCGAUGACUGGCACAACAGGGAUGCGGCUGUCUCUGCUUUUGGUGCCAUUAUGGAGGGUCCCGACGAGAAGACUCUGGAGCCGAUUGUCAAGUCCGCUCUGCAAAUUCUCAUCUCAAUGAUGGACGACUCCUCGGUACACGUCAAGGACUCGACCGCUUACGCUCUUGGUCGCAUCACCGAGGCCUGCUCCGAGGCUAUUGACCCCAGCCAGCACCUCGAGCCUCUGAUCCGCUCGUUGUUUGCUGGCCUGCUAAACACUCCCAAGAUGGCCGCCUCGUGCUGUUGGGCUCUGAUGAACCUGGCGGAACGUUUUGCCGGUGAGCCCGGAGCGCCCCAGAAUGCCAUCACUGCCUACUUCAACGACAGUGUGCGCAGCCUCCUGGACGUCACCGCCAAGAACGAUUGCGACUCGGCUGUCAGGACGGCCGCGUAUGAGGUUCUCAACGCUUUCAUCGUCAAUGCGGCAAACGAUAGUCUGCAGGCUGUUGCCACUCUUUCGGAUGUUAUCAUCAAGCGCCUAGAGGAGACGAUACCACUACAGACCCAGGUUGUCAGCGUCGAGGACCGUAUUACACUCGAGGACAUGCAGACCAGUCUGUCGACUGUUCUUCAGGCCAUCAUCGGCCGUCUUGACAAGGAAAUCCUUCCUCAGGGCGACCGAAUCAUGCAGGUGCUGCUGCAGAUUCUGUCAACGGUCAACGGCAAGUCCACUGUUCCCGAGGCUAUUUUCGCCACCAUCAGUAGCCUUGCCAAUGCUAUCGAGGAAGAGUUUGUCAAGUACAUGGAUGCCUUUGCGCCGUUCCUCUACAAUGCUCUGGGUAACCAGGAAGAACCCAGCCUGUGCUCCAUGGCUAUCGGCCUCGUGAGCGACAUUACAAGGUCAAUGGGCGAACGCAGCCAACCGUACUGUGACAACUUUAUGAACUAUCUCCUUAACAACCUGAGGAGCUCAACACUUUCCAACCAAUUCAAGCCUGCCAUUCUGCAGUGCUUCGGGGACAUUGCCAACGCCAUUGGCGGCCACUUUGAGACUUAUCUGUCUGUUGUGGCUCAAGUUUUGCAACAAGCCUCCACUGUUACCACAGUACCCGAGGGCUCAUAUGAGAUGUUCGACUACGUCGUCUCAUUGAGGGAGGGUAUUAUGGACGCCUGGGGCGGCAUUAUUGGUGCCAUGAAGAGCGCCAACAAGACCCAAGCCCUCCAGCCUUAUGUCCCAUCCAUUUUCGAGCUGCUGAACCACAUUGGUAGCGACUCGAACCGUAGCGAGUCUCUGAUGCGCAGUUCCAUGGGUGUUAUUGGCGAUCUUGCCGAUGCCUACCCCAACGGGGAGCUCGUGGAUGCUUUCCGUCAGGACUGGGUUACUGCUAUUAUCAAGGAGACGCGUUCCAACCGCGAGUUUUCAUCGCGGACAAUCGAGACGGCACGCUGGGCACGUGAGCAGGUCAAGCGUCAACUUGGGGGUUCCGUCAAUGUCAUGCAGCAGACUUGAGAAGCUUUGAUAUCCGGUUCCUAGGCAAACGGAAAUGCCCUCGACAAGUGAUAACCGGCCAAGGAAAAGUCAAUCCAGUCCCAACCCGCCGAGCCGGGCCCGGUGUCCCUAUUCACCACCAGCCCAACCGCCAAACUCCAUUUUUUUGAACGAUCCGCAAUACGAAUGCGGACAAUUAUCAUAUGGCCCCUUCAUAUGGCCGGCCAAGGUCGACCCCGUCCCAUCAAGUCCCUUUGACUCGCACUGGAACUUGUUAUGAUGCGAAUGUCAGCGCUUAUCUUUUUUUAUUUAUCUGCAGACGUUCAGAUUUGUUGGAUGACGGAAUGCACAACCAUCACUGCCCGACUGCCCGACUGCAAUAGCCCCCAAAGUGAAUGUAUAUAAUUAGACCCUUGAAAAACCCCUACACUAUUAAUUUCGAGACCACGUCCAAUCGACUUUGUUGCCCCUUCAUACAAUCCUGCACUACCUACACACUACACCGCUGUUUUUUUUUUUUUUUUUUUUUUUUUUACUAGACACCACUGCACCUCCCCUGCCACACCAUAUUAUCUUGUUUGUCUUUUCAUAGACCACAAUCUACCCCCUGAACCGUACCUGCACACUACACCAUCUGUAAGAUAGCUUCAGUCUAUCUAAAAAAUUAUCACCAAUGAAAAUACGGAACAUAUUCCUGUCAACCCCCCCCCCCCCAACCCUGCAGCAGUCCUUUUUCCUACCCUCCCAUCGGCUUUUGUGUUUGGCGAACCG